GGAAGAAUCAACAUUUAAAGUUUCCAAAAGGAAAUGAAGCACGGCAGUAAUCCAUGGUGAAGAGGCCCCAUUCAUACAGAUGAACAAAGGGUUGAGGCAGCACUUUCAACCCAGAUAGUCAGUCGGCUAACUGCCCAGCAGGAUGCCAUCAACCAGCCGAGCGGGCAGCCUGAAGGACCCAGAAAUUGCAGAGCUCUUCUUCAAAGAAGAUCCAGAAAAACUCUUCACAGAUCUCCGAGAGAUUGGCCAUGGAAGCUUUGGAGCAGUUUAUUUUGCACGUGAUGUGCGCACCAAUGAAGUGGUGGCCAUCAAGAAAAUGUCAUAUAGUGGGAAGCAAUCCAAUGAGAAAUGGCAGGAUAUUAUUAAGGAAGUCAAGUUCCUACAAAGAAUAAAACAUCCUAACAGUAUAGAAUACAAAGGCUGCUAUUUGCGUGAGCAUACAGCAUGGCUUGUUAUGGAAUAUUGUUUAGGAUCGGCAUCAGACUUACUAGAAGUUCAUAAAAAACCAUUGCAAGAGGUGGAAAUAGCAGCAAUUACCCAUGGUGCUCUCCAGGGACUAGCAUACUUGCAUUCUCACAAUAUGAUCCAUAGAGAUAUCAAGGCAGGAAAUAUCCUGCUGACAGAGCCAGGCCAGGUGAAGCUUGCUGACUUUGGAUCUGCUUCCAUAGCAUCUCCUGCCAAUUCAUUUGUGGGGACGCCAUAUUGGAUGGCCCCAGAAGUAAUUUUAGCCAUGGAUGAAGGGCAGUAUGAUGGCAAAGUAGAUGUUUGGUCUCUUGGGAUAACAUGUAUUGAGUUAGCGGAAAGGAAGCCUCCUUUGUUUAAUAUGAACGCAAUGAGUGCCUUAUAUCACAUAGCACAGAAUGAAUCCCCUACACUACAGUCUAAUGAAUGGUCUGAUUAUUUUCGAAACUUCGUAGAUUCUUGCCUCCAGAAAAUUCCUCAAGACAGGCCUACAUCAGAGGAGCUUCUGAAGCACAUGUUUGUUCUUCGGGAACGGCCUGAAACAGUGUUAAUAGACCUGAUUCAGAGAACAAAGGAUGCAGUGAGAGAACUGGACAAUCUGCAGUAUCGCAAAAUGAAGAAACUCCUUUUCCAGGAGGCACACAAUGGGCCUGCAGUAGAAGCCCAGGAAGAGGAGGAGGAGCAAGACCAUGGCGUUGGCAGGACAGGAACAGUGAACAGUGUCGGAAGUAAUCAGUCCAUUCCCAGUAUGUCCAUCAGUGCCAGUAGCCAAAGCAGUAGUGUUAACAGUCUUCCAGAUGCCUCAGAUGACAAGAGUGAGCUAGACAUGAUGGAAGGGGACCACACCGUGAUGUCAAAUAGCUCUGUCAUCCACUUAAAGCCUGAGGAAGAAAAUUACAGAGAAGAGUCUGAUUCUAGAACAAGGACAUCAGAACCACAGUCUCCACCCCAAGUAUCUCGCCACAAGCCACAUUACCGCAACCGAGAGCACUUUGCUACUAUACGCACAGCAUCACUGGUGACAAGGCAAAUGCAGGAACAUGAACAAGACUCUGAGCUCCGAGAACAGAUGUCUGGCUAUAAACGCAUGAGACGGCAGCACCAGAAACAGCUGAUGGCACUGGAGAACAAACUGAAGGCAGAGAUGGAUGAGCAUCGCCUCAGGUUGGACAAAGAUCUUGAAACGCAGCGAAACAACUUUGCUGCAGAAAUGGAAAAGCUAAUUAAAAAACACCAAGCAGCCAUGGAGAAGGAGGCUAAAGUGAUGGCCAAUGAAGAAAAGAAAUUUCAACAACAUAUUCAAGCCCAGCAAAAGAAAGAACUGAACAGCUUCCUGGAGUCCCAGAAAAGAGAAUACAAGCUCCGUAAAGAACAGCUCAAAGAGGAGCUGAAUGAAAACCAGAGCACUCCAAAGAAGGAGAAGCAGGAGUGGCUCUCCAAACAGAAGGAGAACAUUCAGCAUUUCCAGGCAGAGGAGGAGGCCAACUUGCUGCGGCGCCAGAGACAGUAUUUGGAGCUGGAGUGCCGGCGCUUUAAGAGAAGAAUGCUUCUCGGGCGCCAUAACCUGGAACAGGACUUAGUUCGGGAGGAGUUAAAUAAAAGGCAGACGCAGAAGGAUCUGGAGCACGCCAUGUUGCUGCGACAGCAUGAGUCUAUGCAAGAACUGGAGUUCCGCCACCUCAGUACCAUCCAGAAGAUGCGUUGCGAGCUGAUCAGGCUUCAGCACCAAACUGAGCUCACAAACCAGCUGGAAUACAACAAGCGACGAGAGCGUGAGCUAAGGCGUAAGCAUGUCAUGGAAGUUCGACAGCAGCCUAAGAGUCUGAAGUCUAAAGAACUACAAAUAAAGAAGCAGUUUCAGGACACAUGCAAGAUCCAAACCAGACAGUACAAAGCACUGCGAAACCACCUGCUGGAGACCACACCAAAGAGUGAACACAAAGCUGUCCUGAAACGGCUCAAAGAAGAGCAGACCCGGAAACUGGCCAUCCUAGCUGAGCAGUAUGAUCACAGCAUCAAUGAAAUGCUCUCAACACAAGCUCUGCGUUUGGAUGAGGCACAGGAAGCAGAGUGCCAGGUUUUGAAGAUGCAGCUGCAGCAGGAACUGGAGCUGCUGAAUGCGUAUCAGAGUAAAAUCAAGAUGCAGGCUGAGGCCCAGCAUGAUCGGGAGUUGCGUGAACUGGAACAGAGGGUGUCCCUUCGCAGGGCCCUCUUGGAGCAGAAGAUUGAGGAGGAGAUGCUGGCAUUGCAGAAUGAGCGCACCGAACGGAUACGAAGCCUGCUGGAGCGUCAAGCCCGCGAGAUCGAAGCCUUUGAUUCAGAAAGCAUGAGGCUAGGUUUCAGUAACAUGGUUCUGUCUAAUCUCUCCCCCGAGGCGUUCAGCCACAGCUACCCGGGAGCUUCUGGCUGGUCCCACAAUCCUACUGGGGGUGCCGGACCUCACUGGGGUCAUCCCAUGGGUGGCCCACCACAAGCUUGGGGCCAUCCAAUGCAAGGUGGACCCCAGCCAUGGGGUCACCCCUCAGGGCCCAUGCAAGGGGUACCUCGAGGUAGUGCUAUAGGGGUCCGCAACAGCCCCCAGGCUCUGAGGCGGACUGCUUCUGGGGGACGGACGGAGCAGGGCAUGAGCAGGAGCACAAGUGUUACUUCACAAAUAUCCAAUGGUUCACACAUGUCUUAUACAUAACUUAAACAAGAACUGAAGGUGGCAAUUCCACUGGAGCUGUCUGCCAACAGAAACUGCCUACAGAUACGUCCCAGCAGCCUCCUCAGUGUGGGACUGCAGUGUGAUGCUGGGUGAACAUGGAGUAUUGUAUUCAUUUUGUAAAGCACUCUGUUUUGUGUUUACUAACUGGGAUGUCAUAGUAUUUGGCUGCAGGGUUUGGUUUUUUUAAUUUUGAUGUUUUGGGGGGGGACUGGGGAGGGGAUCUAAGACAUAUAUGCAACUAGUCAGAGAAGUUGGCUGUCGGAUAUGGCAUUAAAGCUGCACAGGGGCCUCAGACUGCUUUCAUCACCCCGUCCCUACAGAGCGGUGGGAAGAGUUCAAACCUUCGCUAAUGUCCAAAAACCUUAACAGCCGCCUGAGCAGACCAGGGGGGCUGAAAUAAGGCACUAUCUGGUGAAGGAGCAGCUGUAUUUUCUCCCCAUUGUUUAUCAUGAAAUUGGCCACAUUUCUAGGUGUAGCCUUAGGAGGAGAGGGAUUAAAGGAACCGUAGGUGAGGUAGAGGGGCAAGAGGAAAGGCUUUGCCUGCUGAGAUGAGAGGGAUCAACACAGACCCUUGCCACCCAAGUGCACGCUCUCUAUUGCACUAAGAGGUGAGCCUUCUCCGAGGGCAUAGGGCAGCUUCCUGGGCACCACAUUGGUAGAUGUGUGUGCAGGGGGAGGGCUGGAAAUGUUUACAAUCCAGCCUAGCAUCUUUGCACUCCCCUAGCUGUGUGCUGGUGGCAGGGAUGUCGUGCUUUGGAGGAGGUUGAGAAGAAGAGCAUAAAUAAUGCACUUGUAUGGCUAAUACUGUGACAUCUCACCUUAGCUAAGCAUUAGAAUAAUUCGUGGAGCCCUAAAUCGUUCUUUUGCUCUGUUCUUCAGAAACCUUGGACUUCUAGCCAAUCAAUCUGAAAUGCCAGAGGUAUUUUGAAAGAUGCCAUAGUCACAAAAUGCCAUUGAUCGGGGUUUUCAUUACUACACUACAUACACCAAUUUAUUACCUUUUGGCUUGUUGCAAUUUCCUGUUUACAUGUCGAGUGUAGCCAACUGUUUAAAUGUUUAGUUGCCAUAGUGUACCAGGAGGAGCUGAGCCAAUGACUCUUUACCAGCUGCUGACUAACCUACAUCACCACUGUAGAUCUUGCUGCAUGUCAGGCUCCUUUCUAUUAUUUUGGUUGCCGCAGUACUUUACAACUUUACAGGCCAUUGAGACCUUGUGAUCAUUUGGCAGCAUGUCACACCACGUGUAGGAAGCACUAUUUCCAGACGGCUCUUAUCAGAGUUGCUGUACUACUGAAAGGGAGCAAAAGAGGUUGGGAAGUAAAUUUUAAAAAUUUUAAUUAAAAAGGUCAGGGAGUCUGAAAAUAAAUGGAAUGACUUUUGUGGCUACGUCUCGAUCCUUAAUGCUGGAAGUGGGAGGUGUCGUGAAAGCCGAGUCCCAAUGGUGGGGAGUUCUGGGCAGGUCAGCACCAUGAGAUUCAGAUGAGAGCAGGUAGAUGAAGCUUGGUUUGAGGUAAAGAUUUUCUUCCUGGGGACUGACCAGCCAGAGUUCUUUGUAAAUGACUUUCCUUGCACACUAAUCAUCUUGAAGAAAACACUAGCUGCUAACUCUAGGAUUUGCCUUUAACAUGUUUAUAGGGCUCAAAAGCAAGGUUUUCAGAAUGUGUUUGUCAUGUGACAUAUUUAUAUAGAAAUACUCCAGUGUCUCGCUGCUGUUCAGUUUUCUCAACAGUGUGACAUUCUUUUGUUAACUAAAUUAAAAUCCACUCCAGAUCCUUAACUCUUAGCCAGUGUCUGGUGAAUCCAAACUUCAGGAUUUCCAGUGUCUUGGUGUAUCAUAUCACUCGGAACAAAGAUGGACACUAUACCAAAAUACGUUUGAUUAACUCUUUGGCAGGGCCUGGUAGUAUUAACAGUGAACGCAGAAGUUUGGGAUGAGGUGGUGGAGCCACUGGGGAAUAUUCCCAUUGGUUACCCUGUAGGACAGGUAUGUUUGGGACAAAGAUGAACUCUCUGACCCGCUAUUCCUUUUGAAAAACAUCUCUGGGUGGGAUGGAUGUUUUCUCUUCUAGCUGUUCUUUUGCAUUAAAACAUGCAAAUGAAAUUAAGGAAAAUCACUUUCAUUUUCCUGUUUUAAGAAAAAAAAAAAUCAAAAGCCAAAACCCUCUAUUGGAUCUUACCACCUUGGUGUGGAGGGUAUAUCCAGAGCAUGGUGCUAAUAUGCAAUGUUUAGAAGUUCUCACCUCCUCAGAAUCCCAGACAGCAGCAGUGAUCAGCACUCUACUUCAAAAUUCAGGGGGUUCAUUCUUUUGCUUCUGUUAUGGUUUGAAUUUGGCCAAAAUCUCUGGCUUAACUUGAGCUACUUCGAGAAGAGUUCCCUCAAACCGCUAUUUGUGUAAUGUAAAGCAUGACUAAAUGCUGGACCCAAAUGAUGUCUAUCCCACCAUUGGCUUUUUUGUAUCCAAAAGAAUUGUGUAGUAACCAUUUUUACAUGUAUAUCAUGUGGAGACCUGGACUAUUCCAAUGAGUUAAUAUUUUAAUUAAAAUAGUUUGCAAAAACUGAUUCAGAUCAACCUUGUCUAAAUGUGUGUGUCUCUGUGUGUACAUGUGGGGAGCAGAAGCUACCUUACGACUGAGUUUGAUCUCAAGAGAUGUCUCCCAAUUACUCAGUUGUUGCAAUCUGUGGGAAUCGCUUCAUAUUGUGUAGUGGAGGUAUAUUGAGGACAUAAAUUAGUGUAGACAUAAUGUAUAUGUUAUAGAUAUCAUAUAUAUCACAUAAAUAUCUUUGUGAGAUAUAUGUAUAAAUAUCAAAUCAAAAUAGUCCAGAGACGCAAACACUUUCUGAAUCAGUUUGCAAACUCCAUUUUUAAAAAUUAAAACUAACUACUCCACAUUGUCCUGUACCCGUCCGCCCCCUCGCACCACCGCUGCCGCACUGUACUGUACCCAUCUGUCCCCUCACACCGCCGCCGCGCUGUACUGUACCCCCACCUCCUGACGCCGCGCUGUACUGAACCCCCCACCCCCUCACACCACCGCCGCGCUGUACUGUACCCCCACCUCCUGACGCCACGCUGUACUGAAACCCCCGCCCCCUCGCACCACCGCCGCACUGUUCUGUACCCAUCUGUCCCCUCACUCUGCCGCCGCACUGUACUGUACCCCCACCUCCUGAUGCCGCGCUGUACUGAACCCCCCGCCCCCUCGCACCACCGCCGCGCUGUACUGUACCCCCUGAUGCUGCCACUGUACUGUACCCACCUGCCCCCUCACGCCGCCACGCUGUACUGUACCCCCCACCCCCUCACACCGCUGCCACGCUGUACUGUACUCCUCAUGCUACCGUCACGCUGUACUGUACCCCUCCGCCCCUUCACACUGCCAUCACGCUGUACUGUACCCGCCCCCUCACACCGCUGCACUGCACUGUACCCACCCCCUCACUCACGCCGCCGUCUCACUGUACUGCACCCACCCACUCAUGUCGUCCUGCUGUAUUAUACCACCCACCCCCUCAGGCCGCCGUCGCGCUGUACUGUACCUACCCGCCCGCCCCCUCACACCACCACGCUGUCCUGUAUCCACCCCCUUACUCACGCUCCAACCAGGGCUUUAAAAAUACUGUUGCUUGUAAAUUGUGAAAACUACUCCCAGUGUCUCAGCAAGAUGCUAGUUUUCCAUCUUCUAUGUGAGGAUUAACACUAGGAAAAUGGCUCUGUGAAUAUUACUUUACAAUUUUUAUGGCAGUAUUUUAAAAUACUGGUGCCAGCUCGACACCUACAGCAUAUUAUUCUGUAUGUUUGGUUUUUUCCCCUUUGCACAGACCUUAAACUCUGAUUAAAGUUUAGUCCAGAGGUGCAAUAGCAGGAGAGUUGGCAUUUUUCACCUCUUUAAUCAUAUUACACUUCUUUGUUUUUGUUAAUUAAAAUCAGUGAAAGGGACCAUGUGUGCUUUAUUUGUUGUGGUUUCUGGAAAACAGAGGCCACCUCCCCCAUUCCCAUUGACUGUUGUGCACUUAAUUCCUUGGACACAACACUGGAACUUUCACCUGCAUUCAAUCUAGCCCUGUAAACUUCCAAGGGGUUGAAAAACAAACACGGUACCGUAUAGUAACAAACCAUUGACUGGAGAAGUCCCCGUGGACAUUUCUUAUCUACAAGUCCUGCCUUGGGGCAGACUAGAGCUCCUGUACUUUCAGUACAGCUGCAGUUAACUUGUAUUCAGUAGAAUGUUGCGUGUUGUCAAUAAAACCUGCACAGAGUACACGAUGGUGGAUACUGGAAUAAUGCUGCUUAUUAUCACAAAGGGGAAAAUGGCCUGUUGAACUCAAAACCGUGAUCCUGUCCACUCUUCAUUGGCGAAAAUAAAUCGUAUUAUACCAAUACCUACUGUUACUCUGUUAAAUACGCACAUCUCUCUGGAGAUCUGUCUAAUGGUAUCUCAUUUGUGUAUAUGUAUAUACUGUGUGUGUGUGUGUGUGUGUAUGCGCACACACACCUCAUGCUGUGCAUUUCUGUCAGGGCACUUUGCAUUCCCUUAGCUGAUAAGCUGACAGGACAAUUUGUGCAGCUGGGCUGUUAGGGGGAGGAUGUGAGCAGACGUGCACAAGGGUUGAAUGGAGUGGGCAAGCCCUGGUUUAAAUCCUACCCUGUGUUGUGCAGGAUGUUGGAGGGUUCUGUAGCUGCUGCAGGCAUGUGAAAGGAGGGAAGAGCGCUCAUGAAGGGUGCAGCAAAGUUAGAAGGCAGCGCAGAAAGCAAGUUUGCCUAGCACUAGGGAAGCGGCGUGGGGAGCUACUGGUGCUGUUUGCAGUAUGCUUGUAGUCAGUGUGCUGUGAGGAAAGGCAGUGGUACCUAAGAGUGAAAUGCUCUGCAGUCUGAGCUCAGAAUCCCUAGGCGUGGUUCAUCUCAGAAGAUCACAAACCCCAUAUAGUCGUCAUUAACUUUCUACAUUUCUGGGGAUCGGCUGCCACAAACUAUGAACUCUGCUCUCUGCACCUUUGUUGUUAUUCCAUGUGCAUUAAGCUAAGGCCAAAACAGAUAAAACUGUGAAGUUACUUCUUACUAGCUCCAUUCUUUAUCCUUCUCCCCACCCAUUCCUUCCAAAACAUGGACACGUGUCUCUAAGUCUGGUUCCCCACCACCAGUGGACAGUGUGCUGGGAACAGCAUCAUUUUCUUCCUUGAUGCAGGUUGUGCGUGCCCACGUAAUGCUGCAGGCUUCUGAGUGAUGGGGUAACAGCUGGACAGAGUCAGCCCUUAGAACCUGAUUUUCUAGGUCUGGAAACCUUCUUCAGAUUCCUGGCAUCUCUCCUCCCCACCCUCCACCCUUGAAUAGCAGCGAGGCGUCUGGCAGUUUGGGGAGAGGUGUCGGUUCCUGCAUGUGUCAGGUCAGAGUUGCACAUAUGAAGGGCAUCUCUUUGUUAGUGAGGCUUGUUCCUGCAGUCUCAGACCCCGCUAGUGUAACAGCAUGCCACGCAUAAGGGGUCUCUUCCUCAUGGCGGUGGUGUGUACAUACCAAAGGGAAGCCCCCAAAUACCUGGUCCUGUGGGUUAUAGUUACUCUCAGCAGUGUGGUUCCUUUGAAAGCAGGUUUGUAACCUUCCUUUUUCAGUGUCUCCAAGCUUUUGGCUUCCCUACCCCGUCAGCAGGAGUGUCUGUUCUUUUAAAAUUGUCCACGCUCCUGGUUUAAAGACCAUGGGACCCGUGCGCUCCCCUGGACUCCAGUCAGAUUGUGAGCCUAGAAGUGGGGUUUGUCCCCUUAAGAAAGGUUGGUGCCUGUAGCAAGAACUUGCAAUUGAUGUAUGUCUUGCUGUGUUCGUUUGAGUUUGCACUGUCAGGAUUCGUUUCCAUGGGAGCCAGUGGAGAAAUGUUUGCGAGACUGUGCUGAGAGGUGCAGGGGGCUAUCAGAUCUGGGAAGAAGCCAGCUGACUUAGUGGUUUUAUUAAAACGUUACCCAAAAGAGAGAGACGCAGAUAAACCUGAUUCCUGUUGUGUAACACAACUCAACCAGUUGGGCCUGGCAGGGUCACUCACAUGCCUGGGAUACCCUGUUCCCAACCCUUGGCUAAAUGCUGGAGGAAGAAAGCCUGGCUCAGCCAGAGAGGGCUGGGUAAACAGCAGCAAACAAGCAGCUGACCCAAGCUGUGGGCCUCUGAAUGCUUGCGCUUUGGAGGUACAUUGACUCCACCUGUCUGCCAUCUAGCCAUGUUCUGUAAAUCCGGGGUUAGCCCUUCUGCAGCCACACGCUCAGCCCAGAAGUCUGUUGGUAGACGGGAGUUACCACCACACAAUGUGCACAAAAUCAGGGGUAUCUCCUGUCCCCUUACUUACCCCUCCUGGUACGGGUACCUCAGAACGUGCACCGUUCGCAUUUUCACUGACAAUUGCUUUGAUGAUUGUGAGUGAAAAUAUUGUAAUUAUCUGUAAAUAUGUAGUUAACAAAUUGCCCUAGUUCCUGUAUUUUUUAAGUUUUUGUACUAAAAUUUAUAGAUACAGAAUGUGCCAACUAGAGAGGAGCUACUGUCGUUGCCAGUUGUAGCCCAGCCUGCAUCUAACCCCUUCAAUUGCCCGUGUGACUCUAAGGAUUCAUGCUUAAAUGUCGUAAGGCGGGAAUGGGGGGGGAUGAUAAGGGAGAAUAAUGGCUUAAUUUGCUGUCCAGGUGGAAAUGCUUCUGGACCUAACAAAACAGGAUUGAUCCAUAUAGUUUAUAUUCACCAUUUAAGUUGGGUUCCCUGUGUUUUAGAUGCAUGUAUGCAAAACCUCUGCCCUUUCAGUCUAAAUGCAAAGUGCGGUGAUGUGGCCAGUGCAAAGGAUAGAAGUGUUGGCUUGGAGCUUUUUCUGGGGUUGAAACUCACAUUAUCAAAGCCCAAUUUCUCGCUAUCCCUUUUAUUGUAUUUACAGAAUUGUACAGAAAAUUCAUAUUCCCCUCACCCCCUGAAAAGGUUUUGAUGCCAGGAUAAUCUAAAGAGCAUGUAAACCAUUGGAGAAGAAAUUAAUUUUAUGAAGCUUGUUGCCUGCUUUUAGUGCCAGUCUAACACAUUUCUAUGGCAACUCAGAGCUCAGCAGAGUUUGGAAAUGAGCACGCAGUUGUUAAUGAACUGAAGUAUGUAAUCGCUGCUUUUGCAUGGCUUGGCAUCAGUGUUAGACUAGGGCCACCUGAAAGCAUUGGAGGCAAAUUCUCGAUUGGAAAUGGUCAUUUGCUUAAGUUUCACUUGACUAAAUGCAUUGCCGAGGCAUGGUGUGUUCUCCUAGAAAUUGCAUGUGGUCAAGGAAUGGAAUAUGCAGAGGUGGGGGACAGUUUUCUGCCAUGGAGCAGGAUCUCCUUGCAGACUGGUGGGUGGACUCCCACUGCCCUGCAGGCAGAUGUUUAGGUGGUCGAGACGUAGGCUACAGCUGGCUUGCAUUGUAGUUUUUGUUUUCAACACCCAUUACUAAAUUAGAGAGUCUUUCCCCUUGGAUUGCAUAUGAAUGAAAUAAUCUGUCUCACCUCACUUGACCCACCUUCACUGAGUCUCCCAUGGCGUAGGCAAAUCUGCAACCCUGGAAUAGCUCUGAGAGCUCGAGGUUCUCAAGAAAAGAAAAAUUAUCACUAGGGAGAUCAGUCCUUGGAAGAUGUUUAAGUUUCCCUGUAGGCUGUUGGGAUGUGAACUCUUCAAGACACUGACAGGAUCAAAGAGGAGAGGAAAUGCAGAGAUGGAGAUGGAGAGGCGUGGGUGGUGGGUGUGGUUCCUGGCAAUCAAAACCACCUGCUUCCUUUCUUCAACCUUCCUUCUUCUCCUAACCCCCCUCUCAGCUCUCACCUGAGCAUGCUUGGAAGAGGGACACUUUAUCUGACCAAACCAACUCAAAUUGAGGGUGGGUAUGAUACAGAUACAUUAACGCUACCGAUCAGAUACGGCAUUAUACCAACUUGAAAAUUCUAAAUGCUGAAGAUGUUUUUAUUAACACUCGGGUUGCUACAAUUCCUAUUUAUGUUCUUCCAUGGAAGUCAUUAACCCAUUUAAAACUUAUGGCAAACAGUGAUGAAAUUGCUGGAUUACCAGGAGGACGUUAGCUGUCAGAACCCCUUUGGUUUAGUAUACAAGAGAAGUAGCAUACCAUGCAUUACCAGGGGUAGGAGAAGGCUGUGUGAGGUGUGUAUAGUGUAUAUUUUUAAAAAUAGCUUAUUGCUUGUAUUGUGAAGACUUUAAAGACAAACUUGAGAAUUCUAACAUAAGUAUUAACAAAUUUAACAUAAGUUAUCCCACUGGGUUCGGAGCGUCUUGAAUGUAUAAUCUUUUUGUAACCCAGAAUGAUUUAUUCUUCUACCAGUCAGCCAGACAUCUUAUUUAUAUGUUUAAUUUUGUAUAUCACUUUCCCUUUUGUUUUCAUGAUUUCCAGCAUGCUUCUGUUUGGUUGGUUGUUUGCACAAGUAUUGUGUAAACUAAAAGAAAUUUUAACUUGAACCUGGCAUUUUUACUUUCUUGGAUUUUCUUCCUCCACACUUUUUGGGGGAACCGGGGUGGGGGGUGUAUUUUCCAUUUGCAGCUUCCAGGUGAAUGCCUGGUCUUUUGCCAGUCAGCUGAAAAUGCUUCACUGUCAGUUGCUUUAAAAGAAAAUAAAAAUGUCACCUUAUCAGUUCUAGGUAACGCAUGGGGGGGAGGAGGGCAAGUGCACCCCUGUAGCAGCACAAAUCCGGCAUUGGUUGCAAAAGGAAGGCAAAGCUGCAGACCUGCCACAGGCCCAGCUGCCAUGACCUGCAGUGGGUGCUCGGUUGGCAUGAAGGCUGCAGCGGAGAGCCAGGUUCCCACAAUGAUAGUGGGAGUUAAAAUACCCGUGUCCCUCUCGGCUUCUGCCUCUGGGGUCAUUGUUACACCCCUUGCUGUGUGCCUGCUCGCAUGUGAGUGGGAAGAGGGAUGCUCACAGACACCGAGUAAUGUGUUUACUUCUCUUCUCCCUCCCUCCCUUCUCUAACAACCUUCAGCUCAUGACCCACAACUCUUCCCCAAGGCCCCAGCCCCUCUCCUUGGCUAGCCGAGGGCUCGUUCAUUCUGGGGCAUUGGGGGUGGGGUGUAAGCAAGGCCAGGAGCUGGGCAUCACUUUAUCAUGGGUGGUGCUGCCCACGCCAUUAUACUGAACAGAGGCCUGAGUCUUCCAAGCCCAAUUCCUACAGGGGUUCAAACAGGGAAACUGGACUCCUUCCUGCCCAUGUUUCUGUUAGCACCAGCUGGGAUGGUGAGUCUACAGGUGUGCAUUUUCCUUUUGAUAGAAAAUGCCACAAGCACUAACUGAUGAGGCUUAUUGUACAGUAUAUUGUCAGUAUUCUGGUAUCCUUCUGGUUCAACAUACAUUAGUGCUCAUAUAUAACCUGUAUUAAUUGUAUAGAUUGUGCAUUUAAAGCUGUUACCAUGUUGUCAGAAAAUGAGAGAGGAGAAAAUAAGGUUGUAUGUAAUAUUUUGUUUGUAAGUAUCCUUUGUAACAGAGCAAAGGAAAUGUUAAAAAAUCAACUGUAAUAAAGUAAUUUUAGUACAUGGA